GGCCCAGUUACCGACCUUGGCUGUUUCGGUCCUUGUCUGUCCAGCGGCUCACCCUACCUAUCUAUGAGCCUGCAUGACCUCAGUCACACUCUAACCGUUACGUGCCUGCAAUGGAUGAAUACUAGACAAACGGUUUGUUGAUCCCAAGGUCAUGAGCAGCCUUACACUCUUUGUUGUAUCUCACCCGCCUCGCUCGUUUGAUCAUUUCUCAACCGACCACUGUUUUGGUACCCGACCUAUUCCAAUCCCAUCGAGUUUCUCCGGUCUUGAGGCUUAGCAGUAGCAAGCUAUGAGCAUACGUAUAUGUACACCCCAGCACGGCAGACACAACCAACAAUGGCGUCUGGACAAGAACAAGACCAGUUUCCGCAGUCGUUGGACGACUUCCUCCAGCCUCUGCGCUUGACCGACCAGACUGUCCUCAAGCUCUCGCAGGAGCUUUUCAUCAAGUUCUCAGAACUGUCCACCGAGUCGGACAACCAGUUCUUGCCAACGCCCAUUAGCGAGUCCCUCCUUAGGCGGAUCGACCUCGCCGAUCGCGGCCGGCACCUAGCUAUUGACAUAGGAGGGACCAAUCUCAGAGUCGGCUUUGUCGAGCUGCUCGCCGGCGGGGCUGACGGGCCCAGCAACGAGGGCGCUUCGGUCAAUGGGCAGGGCUCCUCCUCGUCUGCGGUCCAUCCCCCACGGCUGCGCCGAGUUCUGGAGCAUUCAUGGCCCAUUGGCGACCAGCUCAAGAACUCAAACUCAGAUGAACUCUUCGACUUCAUCGGCGACCGCAUCGCAAGUGUUGUCCGGCUGGCUUGCCAACGGUGGGGCCUGAAGCCUGAGGACGAACUACCCAUGGGCGUCACCUUCAGUUUUCCCAUGGAGCAGAAAUCGCUGCAGGAGGCGACCCUCAUGCCCAUGGGCAAGGGUUUUGCGCUCGAUUCCAAAGUCGACCUGGGGUCCUAUCUUGUUGCGGGUUACGAUGAACACCGCGGUGAAAAGUUGCCCCGUAUCAGGGUUGCAGCCAUUGCGAAUGAUGCGGUCGCAAGCCUGGUCUCGUUCGUUUACCAGUACCGCGCAGAGGCUCACCAAAAAGCAUGCAUGGCCCUCAUUUGUGGGACCGGCACCAAUGCCACGAUACCCUUGAAACUCAGCACCCUCAAGGAAAGCAAGCGCCCAAAGACAGUGAGCGUGAUACCUGGGCAGGCUGGCGGAGACCCAAAGAUAGCAGUCAACACCGAAUGGAGCAUCAACGGCACAGAGGCUGUUCUUUCGAGCCUUGAUAUUAUGACCAGAUGGGACAGGCUGCUGAACAUGACCGUCGAAAGACCAGGCUUCCAGCCUCUGGAGUACAUGACCUCUGGUCGAUACCUUGGCGAACUGGGCCGCAUCAUAUUCGAAGAAUACCUAACCAAGGUUCUGAAAAUCGACACGUUCAAGCUGCCAUUCCAGAUAACACAGCCGUGGUCCUUGAGCACGACGUGGCUCAGCCAUUUCAAACCGCGUAACGAUCAAGGUGGCUCCUUGGUAGAGCAACUGCGGAGGCAAUACCCGACUACGAAGAAAGAGAACGUGGAACCCUCCACCAACUCAGAGUUUGAGUGGACUCCAGAGGUUGCCGAGGCACUCUACCGUAUUGCGCUUGACAUCGAAUGGCGAGCCGCAGGCCUCAUGGCUGGUUACACAAUCGGCUUGCUCACCUUGGCCGAAGAGCUACCAACACCUCUGCGGAAGGACAAGACCUCCGCCCGGUUCCCAACCGUCGAGGUUGUGGUAGGAUACACGGGUGGUUGUAUAACUGGUUUCCAGGACUACCUACAAGACUGCCAGGGGUUUCUCGACCGGGUGAUGACCCUGGAGCACGGCAAGAGGUUCCGUGUUGUUCUCAGCCCAUGUCAUGAUGGAGGGAUUACGGGCGCGGGCAUCUUGAAUGCGACAUCAUUGCAUAGCGAGGAGAAAUAGACGGAGUUUCUAUUUGGGACAAGACGAGGCCACUGCAGACUUUGGGUAAGCAGAUAUGGCCUGUUUGACCGGAAUGCAGAGGGCUGCAUGGGCGUGUGUGAAGAAGCCAUGAAUGGAUAUGCCUUCAUUUGCAGCGAUGGUUCUUCAAGACCACUGUGAUACAAUAAGAUUUAAACAUAUUUUAGAUUAUUACAGCGGCCCUUGGCGCUGGGGCUGUCUUUGAUACUAAUAAGACCGAGUGACACUGC